AUGGCUUCCCUCUACAAAACGGCUGCAGCCGUUUGCCUCGUUGCACUGUGCGGGCUUCAAACAGAGGCGAGCAAUCCAACAUACAAAUUUACGGUAGAAGAAGUACAAGCAGAUGCCUACAUGAGUGCUAAUUUGGCCCGUAAUGGGAAACUCCCUGUUCGCAUCAGUGUAGUCACAAAGGACGACACCCUUGUCGAUUCCUUGAGGUCGGCCGUAAAAGCCGCAACAGGAGAGAAUGCAGAGGCUUGCGAGGGAUUGAUAACAUCCGAUCUUAAGGAGACAUUUCAUCACACUUUCGAGUACACCGAAGAUGCUGAGGCCACUCCUAACUACCGUCAAUUGCUGCAGAAGGCCGUUGAGGCAGGAUUGGCAGCCUUCGAUGAGGAGUAUUUCAACGGACUUGUUGCACGAACAACUGCAUUGAAAGAUAUGACAGCAGACGACCUGCAGACUCCUGUUGGAGAUGGCGCUGAAGCAGCUGCCGUCCGUACCAUUCUAAUUGCCGGUUUGGUUGCUAUGCUGACAGUUGUCUCUGCUUAG